CUGUCCAAUCCGAUGCGGCAAAGGUGGAGCACCGAGCAGCGCUGUUUGGAUUAUCCAAUCAGAUGCGAGCGAGGUGCGACACAGGAGCAGCUUCACCGGGAGCGAGUGAGAGAGCUAGAAUCUCCUCAGACUCAACAACACGAUAUCGGCAGACAUGAAGUCCAAGGUUUUGGGGGAGUGAGACAAAUUCCCCAAGUUCAGCCGGCUCAGGACACAUCCUGCCAUGGCUGCUACAGCCAGUAGUAGAAAUGGAUCUUUAAGACCAGGCUGGGUGGCUUUUUCAGAUGAAGAGCCACAAGCAGAUGAGGAUGGGCUCCAGCCAGCUUUAGAACAGCCUGGGAUGGAUUCUUCUUGGGAGGAAGUGCCAUGUGUGUCUGCCCAGAAGCCAGAACAGCUGACUUCAUGGGUCCAGUUUGAUGACAAAGCUUGGCCACCCUCUCCUCCCUCAACACAGGUAAAAGGCCCCAGGCACAGCAUUUGCUCCUCGGCCAGCUUCUGGAGCAACGUCCCCCCAUCAGAAAGCAGCUGGACCACCCAAUCAGAGGAGCAGAGCUCUGUUAGUAUGGGGGCGUCUUCCUGUGACCUGCCAUCUCUUAACACCGAAGAGCCACUCAGUCAAACGCCUUCCUGCCCUCAUUCUCCUACACCUGGACCUAGAAUAUAUGUUACUGAUUCCUCUUUGUGCCAAGAAGAUGAUGGUGUAAACAUGGAGCCAUUUAACUGGACAACCAACAACCAACACACAAAUGGCCAAUCAUAUGCCACAUCUAACCGUUUUGCCAGCUGGGUAACUUUCGAUGACGAUCAGGACUCUGCGUUCCUGCCUCCAGGAAGACCAUCUAAUAUAAAACUGGACAACCUCAACAUUUCUCCACUACAGGAUGCCAACAGCAACCUGAUUUCAUCAUCCUUUUCUAGCCAGGUGACAGAAAGACACAUCCUGGACUUGACCCCUGAUGGCACCAGUUCUGUCUUUGCCUUUGAAAGCACGCUUUUGAACAACAGCACCCCUUACAACAAGAAGAAUCCUUUUUUGGAUGAUGACUUCACCAACCUGAAACCCUCUUCUAUUAAUCCUUUCAGUGACUACUUUGACAAAACAGGGCUGACAACAUCCCAAGGCACUGGUCUGUGCUCAGAAACACCAGAUGUCUCUGCAUUUAGUUCACCAUUUUUUGAGUAUCAGGAUGUUGACUCCAUCAUGCUUGUUUCUGCACAAAAUGACUCUUUAAAGGGAAAAAAUAGUGUACCAUUAGGCCCUCCUGAAGAUAGUCUGGAUCAAUUCAGGAAAAUAUACAUCUCUGACCCUGACCAUGAUGAUAGUCCCACUUUACCAGAUGAUUCAGCGGAUGUGUUGGAGUCUGAUGACUCCACCUAUGAACCAGACCACAUGACUCCACAGGAAGGAUGGCCCAUGCUUCUGCGCAUCCCAGAGAAGAAAAACAUCAUGUCCUCACGUCACUGGGGACCAAUUUUUGUCAGAUUGACGAAGAGCGGCGAGCUGCACAUUUUCUACGAGAAAGGGCUGGAAAAGCCCUUCAAAGAGUUUCAGCUGAACUCCCAGCAUGAGAUAUCUGAACCCAAGCUCCAGAACUACGAGGAAAACGGCCGUGUUCAUACCAUCAGUGUAGAUCAUGUGGUUUACAAGGAGAAGAGGAAGAUCCAGCCCAAAGUUAGUGUGGUUCAUAUGCCGGUGAGAGAGCAGGUUGUAAAGCUUGGGACCACAAACUACCAAGACUACUUGAGCUUUCGUCAUGCCCUCCAGGAGACACUUGUGGGACUCUCUGUGGAUAAAGAAGGCCUCAACUGGCCUACAACUUACACUGAGGAGGAAAUCCAUGUGGAGGUGAAAGAUAACUUCUAUGGAUCCCUGUCCAAAGGGGACAACCGUAUCCUGGAGCAGCUCGUUUUGACCCGUGUAAACAUGUUAGCCUUCCUCAAUGGGUCUCCACCUUGUAGUAUCGGCCUCAAUGAUGUGCAGGUCAAAGGCAAAGAAGUCGUUUCUCGACACGACAUAAUUCCUAACACAACGUCACGCUGGAUUAAAUUGCGGGAUUGUCGACUUCAUGAAUGCGCAGACCACACUGAAUUUGCAGAGUCCCGAGCCGUCACAUUUACCCCCCCUACUGGUCGUCGCUUUGAACUUCUGCGUUUUCGUACAGCGUUUGCAGAAAAAUCCCUUCCUUUCACUCUGAGAACAGUUGCUAGCAUCAGGGGUGCAGAGGUUGAGGUACAAUCCUGGCUGGUGAUGUCAACGGGUUUCUCAUCCAGUCGGGAUCCUUUAACAUUGAUACCAUGUGAGAAUGUGGCUAUCCGUUACCCUAUACCUGAAAUUUGGGCAAAGAACUUUAGGAGGGAGAGUGUGACGGGUGAAAAGUCCCUGAAGGCUCGCUUCAAUAAAGGAGCCAGCUUUGGUUCAACCAGCAGUUCCGGAUCAGAACCGGCUAUGAGGGUGACGCUCGGCUCUGCGAAAUACGAGCAAGCAUUCAGGUCCGUGGUGUGGAGGAUUAGUCGACUACCAGACAAAAACUCAGCACUGGGACAUCCUCAUACUUUCUUCUGCCGCUUGGAACUGGGAUCAGACAGGGAGGUUCCUUCGAAAUUUGAGUGUCUGGUGGAGGUUGAGUUUGAUAUGCCAUCCACUUCUGCAUCUAAAGCCACCGUACGCGCUCUGUCUGUUGGGGACAGGACUGAUUUGAAGAAAUGGAUCACUUACAAAUCACAUUAUUCCUACCAGGUGGCUGAAGCUGUAGUCUACAAACAUCUGUUCCCAUUACCGUUCAGCAGCCACAGGGAACGAUUCAUCACCGUGCAGAGGUGUACAACAAACAGCAGGACGGCAAAGACGAGAUGUAAAACUCUGCCCAUAGCCUCUGUAUAGGAAUGACAAAGAGUCUUGCUGAACCAGCAUCUUGUUGUAUAUGAUAAAUGCACCGUAGCUGUGGGGUAGGUCGGUAUCGAAACCGUGGUGAGGUCAGUCACUCCAGGAUGAGUUCCUGGAAACAGGUUAUGUUUGAGAUUAGCCAGACUGUCAUUAGUCGCUUUUGUUGGGUGUGACUGCCUUCUUGUGGCGCUUUUGUGUAAAC